GCCGUGGAUGCCCCAUCCCUGGAGGUGUUCAAGACCACAUUGGAUGGAGCCCUGGGCAACCUGGUCUAGUGCCAGAUCUGGAGGUUGGUGGCCCUGCCUGUGGCAGGGGCGUUGGAACUUGAUGCUCCCUGGGGCCCCUUCCAACUCAAGCCAUUCUAUGAUUUCUGUGAUCAUAUUUCUUUUCUUCCCUCCUCUGCUCUUCCUGUCUUCUGUGAGAUGCCAUCCAAAAACUUCUUUUGUCUCAAGGAUUGCCGUGGAAUGCAAGGACAACUGGAAACAUGCUGCCCACACAGGGGUGCCAGGAACAAGGAAGAUAAGGGCAAUGUCUUGACGUCUGUCACAUUCCAGGCUACUCCUGAAAUGGGGCAGCUAGCCUUGUGCGGGAGCCCUGGCUUCUCUGAUGCUGAUAACUCUGCAGCAGACCGUUGCACCCGUGCUGGAUGUGCCAUCACUGUGGGCAACCCAAGAAGAACCGGACGAUAUACAUAAGGACUCCGCAAAAACAAAGGUGCGCAUUUUUGUUGUUGUUGUGUGUUUCUUUUGCCUGCGAUCCACCAAGAGAGAGAAUCUGCACCACCUACCCCCGCUGCCAACUGGACUCAUGGAACAUCGUGACGCUGCAGUGGCAGCUAUCUCUGCAUCCCUACAACAAACCCUUGCUUUUAUUUUCUAACUUUUUAAUAUCGCUUUCUUCAUCCCCUCUCCCAUCCCCAAGCCUAGCUAACAAAGACUUUUACAAUAAACUAGCUGGGCAAAUAUUUGACUCCGUUCUUGAGUCUUAAUCUCACGUUGAGUAUACGUGUAUCAGAGGCAACAUGAUUCGUGAUAACUGGAGCGAGACAUCUUCCCUCCCCAGUUCUUCCCUCUCCUGCUCUUCCCUCUUUCUCCUGCUCUUCUGCUCUUCCCUCCUGUACUCUUCCAUCCUCUGCACUUCCCUCUUCACAUCAUCCCUCUUCUGUUAUUCAUUAUUCUUCUCUGCCCUUUACUGUUCUUUCCUUUUCUGCUCUUCUCCCUUUUGCUCUUCCACCCUUCCUUCCUCUGCUGUUCCCUCCUCUUCUCUCCCCUGCUUUUAUACCCUUCCUUCUUCUGCUCUUCCCCCUGCUGCUCUGCUUCUUCCCUUCUUGUUCCGAUCUCCCCCCUUAACUCUUCUCACCAGCCCUCUCCUUCCCUCCCUUGUUCUCUUACCUCUUCCCGUCCUACCUCUGUUUUCCCUUGUUUGCUGCCCUCUUCUGCUCUUUGCUCUUGCUUUUCAUCUUCAGCUCUUCCCUCUUCUGAGCUAACCUCUUCUACUAUUUGCUAUGCUUCUUUGUCUUUUUGCCUCUUCUACUCUUCCCUCCUCUGCUAUUCCCUCUUCUCCUUUUCCCUUUUCUGCACUUGUGCUCUUCCUUCUUUCGCUCUUCUGUUCUACCUCCUCUGCUGUUCCCCCAUCUGCUCUUUCCUCCACUUCCUUCCUCCGGUCUUCUACUCUCCCCUCUUUUGCUCUCACCUAUUCUUUUUCCUCACCACCCCUCGUCUUCCCGCUCCUGUUCAGGGAGGGCAGACUGCUCUUCCUAUCGGGGGCAGUACUCUGUUAAAACUAACAUGGUCUCUGCUUGCUGCAACAGACAGGCUGAAGCAGAAACCCAGCUGGAGGGCCCACAACCUUUCGGGGACUGAUGUGUGUGCACCCAGAUGGCCCUCCCAAGGAGCAAAAGAACUGCCCAGGCAUUUGGCUGUGGGGAGCUCCAGAACCUGGAAGUCACCCAAGGGACUGAGGAAGGUGGGGCGUGUUGUGGGUGCAGGUGAACCCAGCUUGAUGACCUUUUUGAGCAACUGACCAGGCUGUGAGAAGGAGUCGCCCGGCUGAGAGAUACCCAGCAGCUGGACAGACAGAUCGAUGCCUAGUAUGGUGCAGUGGCGUGGUGUUAUGGUUUUGUGAUUUUUGUUGUCGGUAUUCCACAUCAUUACAUCAUGUAAGGUACGGGCAGUUAAAGAGUUAAUUCCCUGGUUACUGCAAACUGCCUUUUUUGGUGUGGCUCUCCGAGGGGGAGGGGAGGAGCUGCACUCCCCAGGGGUCUUUGUGUUGGAGGGGGUGGGGAAGCCGCCUGGGAGGCGCGGGGUGUGUUCCUUCCUGCCCGGCAGAGCAAGCACGUGGUCCUCCUGCAGUUUAAAGAAAAGCCACUUUAGCUGCCAGACCGCCCGGGGCCAGUCCCUACCCGCCGGCAAUUUUUUUUUCUUCCUCUUUUCUCGUUUUUUUUCCUUUCGGGCCUGUCCCCCUUGUCACAGACGCAGACCCUUAGAUAAUACCGUGACACAUGGGCAGACCCACAGCCCUUGUCUUAGGUCCCAGCAAGCCAAAGAAGAUAUAAGCAGGUUUCCAACCUGACGGAGGGCAAACUCGUGCAGAAUGAGGGAGACUGGGUCCUCGUGUCUCCUUGGGGAAGACAGAGAUGCCUUCCCUGUGCCCCCAAAGGCCCCCUAACAAAUAGUUACAAAGCUCUGGGGACGGAAGGAGAAGGCAGUAUGGAGAGUGGUUCAGAACCAGAAAGGGGCAAUCACGUUAAGAAGCUGAGAGCCCGAGUCUCAACCAGUGCCACUAAAUAAAGGUGAAGGGUCUGGGUUAACUGGAGACUUCUCUUCAAGAAAAGUGGCACGGAAAAGGAUUUCUUCUCUACAACGGUGGGUGACUGGGGGAGGCUGCUUGGAUUCGGAUUCCACUUGAACGCCAACACCUUUGUGUUGCUGAUGUCAUAGUGGGACACCUGACACGGGCACACGGCCCUGGUCCCCUCCGUGCUGCACAGUAGUGUAGAGGAGGAGGAAGAGGCUGAAGAGUGCGGAGAAGGAGUUUCCAAAGGGGAAGCCUUUGUGUAAUGAUGCAGUUUCCUUUUGUCAAGCUGCCAGCGCUGCGGGUGCUCAGCCUGGAUGGUAUGGCCUUUGGGAGUCCUUCUGCCAGUGCAGGACACCAGAUCUCUGAGUUAUGGUCUGGGGAAAAAUCAUGGGGGCCCCAAGUGUCUGAGGGGUGGCAGCGGGAGGAAUUCCCAGGGAAAGGGUGAGCCCUGGAGACCCGAAGGGGAAGGGAGCAGAAGGACAAGAACGGGAAGGAGUCCUGCUGGAGGAAAGCGGAGGCACUGGUACCUCCCCUGUGCCUCCAGAGACCUGAAGUGCCCUGUAUUGGAGACCUAGGCCUUCCCUUUCCACAAGCUAUGCUGACCCAGGGUGGGGCUCAUGGAGGCCAGCUGGCAGGCUCAGGGUCUGACGCAUCUCUCCAUUGCUUUUCAGAGGUCAUGAGCAUUUGGGACAGCACAUCUGAGUACAUGCUGCAGCAGUUUGCGCUCAAUAAGGGUGUGGCCAUAGACGUCCUUGGCAUUUUUUACAUCCUGAGAAAGCGCAUCUGCGAGGCCACCAGGCCCAUGAUUGUCCCCAGGUUCCACCUGUCGCCACGAGUGGCACAGGCCCAGGGGCUCAUCUACACCAACAGCGACAUUCCUGAUGAUCUCGAAGUCGUCCCCCUGGACUAUUCUCAGCUGUCCCUGAAAACAUCCUUGCCAGAGAAGCUGGUGAAGGAGUGUGUGAAUGACAUCGCGGUCCUCUUCAGCUGGGGCGCAGGGCUGGGAGAGGACUACGACCUUAUUUUCAAGGGCAUCGGGCUUCUUAUGAGCCGGAAUCGCAUCCUCACAAUGAGAUACCAUGAGGAGUUUCUCCUUGCCAUCGAUCAGACAGGAACUGUGUUGAAGUGCCUGCUCGCUAACCCGCAGACAAGGAUUUGUGUGCUGUCAGGCAAAGAACCGGCUGCUUUCCACGUGUGUCCCGGGGGCAUCCGUGUGCUUCCAGUGUUUAAAAUUAAGCCACCCCCUGGAAAAAAAGCCAGAGAGCUUUCCCCUCACAAGGAAGCCGGUGGGAAGGAAGGUGCAAGGAGAUACCAGGAUAAGCACCUGCGCCAGCAAAAGAGAUGUCCACCGCGCCACCAGAAAGGGGACAGGGAUGAAAAAGGGGAUCAAAAGCACAGAAGGACCCCUAUGGACACCGAUAUCUUUAGGCAGCUGUUAGCAGGCCUGAAGGCGGGGUUUGAGGCUUUAGACGGGGGAGCCUUGGGAGAAGACGUGGCUAAGGAGCGGGAGAAAGAAGGUAAAGCAAUGGAUGAAUCCCCACACAGGCCAGCAGGUUUCCAUGCUACCAGAGGACGGAGGCCAAGGCUGCCCAAGGAACACGUGCGGCUCCCAGCAGCAGCUUGGAGGACGCUUCCCCCCUCCACCCCACCCCCAAGCAUCCCUUGCCGAGUGCUCCUUCCUUUGAGCACUGCCACAGGACCGAAGGCCUCCUAGGAACAGGAUUGCAAGUCUUUCAGGAUUGCCGCUGCAGAGAGCACCCCGACAGCACACAGUGCUCCCAGCCCGAGCUGCCUGAGGCACGGCUGCGGUUGGAAGCUCAGAGCC